UCUUCCUCCCCCUCCUCCUCUCUCUCUCUCUCUCCUCUGUGCUGAAGUUCCUGUCCCUGUCCCUGUCUCUGUCUCUGUCUCUUUCUCUCUCUCCUCUUCUUCAUCACCUGUAAGCAUUCCCUGUGUGUGUGCGUGCGUGUGUGUGUGUGUGCGUGUGGGGGUGUUUCUUUCGUUGUGUGGUAGAUCUGCUGCGAGAAAGAGCCCGACCCAUCUCGCGGUUCCUUCGGAUGAGCGCUGUACGACUUCACAGCCUCCGAAUUCGUGUCGAAAGAUGUCGUCUUUGAGGUCAGAUCCGAGCUCCUCCCGCGUGCACCCCGAGCCCGUCGUCCCGGCCGACCACUUCGACCGCCUCCCGGACUCCCUCCUCCUCCUCAUCUUCAACCGGGUCGCCGACGUCAAGGCCCUCGGCCGCUGCGGCGUCGUGUCCCGCCGGUUCCGCUGCCUGGUCCCCCAGGUCGACACCGUCCUCGUCCGCGUCGAUUGCGUCAUCUCCGAAGACGAGUCCGCCUCCCCUGCCCUCUCCGACAAGGGGCGGAACCCGCUCGCGAGCUUCUUCCGCGUGGUCCUGGGCAACAUAGUGAAGCCUCUUCAGGCGCUCGGCUUGUUCUCCGGAGCGAAGAGGGGGGCCCAGUCGGGCCCUUCCUCUUCGUCUUCGCUCGCUGUCGGGAGUGAAUGCGAUGGCGAAAUGGACCAGGGUGGCGUCACUCACCACUCUCCUACUCAGGUCUUGAAGAAUUUCAAUGAGAUUCGGUUCCUUCGCAUUGAAUUGCCGAGUGGAGAGUUGGGGAUUGAUGGUGGGAUUCUGUUGAAGUGGAGGGCGGAUUUUGGGUCUACGCUUGACAAUUGCGUCAUUUUGGGUGCUUCUUCGGUUGUACGGCCUGGGCCAUUCAAGAAUUUCGUGGGUUUUGAGAAUGGAACAGAUGCGGGUUGCGCCAACGACGAUAGCGGAAGUAUUCCCGAGUCCUUCUACACAAAUGGAGGCCUCAAAUUGAGGGUUGUUUGGACUAUAAGCUCUUUGAUUGCUGCAUCUGCAAGGCACUACUUAUUGCAGCCCAUAAUUGCAGAGCAUAAGACUCUCGAUUGCUUGGUUUUGACGGAUGGUGAUGGGCAAGGAGUGCUGUGUAUGAACAGAGAGCAGCUCGAGGAGCUGAGGGUGAAACCAUUAUCAGCUUCUUCAUCUUCGAAGAGGACAUUGGUGCCUGCGCUCAAUAUGAGGCUCUGGUAUGCGCCGCACCUGGAAUUGCCCGAUGGAAUUGUACUGAAAGGGGCAACUUUGGUUGCCAUAAGACCUAGUGAGCAGUCUGGGUCGAAGAAGGACAUGGCUGAUGGGUCCUGGAUUUCGACUGCAUUUGAGGAGCCUUAUGGAACUGCGGCUAGAAUGCUGGUCAAAAGGAGGACCUACUGCUUGGAGAUGAACUCAUUUUGAUAUCCCCCUGGAAGUUCAGGGUAAGCUGAUUGCUAAAAGGGAAAACAAGUUUGCACCCUUCCGGUGGGGCUGGAUGAGACCACGAUUUUGUCAGUGCUAGGAGCAGCCAAAUGCAGCUUCAAGUGAGCCAAAGUGUGCUGUCUAUGCGAAGUACUUCUUUGGGGGCAAGUCUCUUAAUUCUGUACUAAGCUCUGAUAUUUGAGAUGCAUCUGCCGGUCAAUUUCCCAAGGCAUGUGCUUGCAAUGAGCACAACAACUAUAGAAAUGAUGUUAGAUUCCUGAGUUUGUAGUCUUCUCAACUUGUAAUCUUAUACUAUGUGAAUAUUGUAGUGAAGAACAUAUACUCUAGAAAUUCACGAACCAGUGUACUCUUCGUGGGGCUUUGAAAUCCGGAUGCUUGUGCCAGCACAGUCGGCUGAGGUGAAUUAUAAUAAAGGAUGAUGAAGGUGGAAUUCCAAGCUUAUGAAGAGUCAUGAUAAAAAAAUGACAAGUUCUCUGUUGUGAAGUUAUCGUAGCAUGUUACAUGGGAGUUUUGGCCCCAGUUAUACGGGACAGAGGUGUAUGAUAUCAUGUUUGGCAACUUCAUGCUUCUUUCAAAACUUGUAGGAAAGCUAUGAUGCUUGUAAGGAUCGAGCAGACAUUGUGAUCUGUAAUGCUUACAUUGGCUUUUCUUCUCC